ACUUUGCCCGGUUACCCAGUCAAAAGGCCCUCAGUUUCAGAAAGUCCAGGAUUUGAACUGUUUUGCGGACGAAAAAUGCCUCAUCGUCCUAAAUUUGACGAACCAUGGAUGGAUGAACUCGACGGUCAUGACUGUGUUCAAAAAUCUGUCACUCUUGGCGUUAAAGCGGCGAUGGUUGGAGUUUUUACCGGUGCUGCUUAUUCUGCCUUGAAAAUCCCUGAUCCUGAGCCAACACCACUUAUCCUGCAGUCCUUUAUUAAGAUGAAGAACCACUCUCUCUUUCUUGGUGGAACGGUAACAGCAUUUGCAUUAACAACAUGCACUGCUGCUUCAAUAAGAGAAACGGAUGACCCAACAAACUGGGCAAUAGGUGGUGCUGCAAGUGCAGUGUUUAUGGGACUGGCUAGAAGUAGCUGGGGUAUAGGGUGUAUUAUGACACCAAUUCUGGCCGGUGCAGGAGCAUUAGCUAAGUACAGUGGUGUGUACAAACAUCCUUUCCCAACUGACAGAAUGUACAGUUGAUGAGCUAUCCGGCAUGACUUCAUUGAUCCUCUGACACAGUGUGGCACGAGUUUUGAGAAUUGUUGUAAAUAAAAGUUUGUUGUUGGUUGAUCCUGAAGUUUAAAAAAUUGUGUUGUUAAAAAUCAAGAGGUAAAACACUGUCACGUUCAAGUAAGUAAUGUCAGGAAGUUUCUUCAGUCUCAUGAUUUUGUAAACAAGGCCACCAGAUUAAGAAAUACUGUUCAUAACGAGUUGCAGAAUUUGUUAACUGUGGAAGAAUAAAGAAAUGUGACACUUUUCAAUACCUU